CCCUCUCUCGCACGGCUCCUGGCAGCGAGCAAUGACAUGCCGUGAAGGCGAUCAGCACCCGAAGCCCGAGUGAGCACCCGCCUCCUCCCCUGCUUUGCAGAGCCAAAUGCGAUGGUGCUACUGAGGUGAUUCCUGCGCUUCACGGUCUGCAAGGCGCAACUUCCGGCAGCCUCUCUUCUCCCGUUGCCCCAAACCCCUCUUCUGAUGGACGGCGGACGGUGGUGACACCAUGUAGAACGCCUUGAAGAGGUGUCCUAACUGAGUUGCAAUGGUUUUGUACACUUCCCCAUUUCCCAGCAGCUUUCUUUCCGCGUUGCACUCCUUCUCCUGGGGCUUGAUCUUCCCGUGCUACUGGCUCGGAGACCGGCUCAUAGCCUCCUUUGUGCCUACCACCUACGAGAAGCGCCAGCGGGGAGAUGACCCGUGCUACUUCCACACCUUGUGCAUCUUCAUCACCACCCCCAUCUACCUAGCACUGCUGGUGGUCUCUCUUCCUUUUGCCCUGAUCGGCUUCCUGUUAUGGUCGCCGCUCCAGUCCACACGACGGCCGUACAUCUACUCCAGGCUGCAGGACAAAAGCCAGAUCAAUGGCAAUACCUUGCUCACCGAGUGGAAAAGCACCAGCGGCGGGCGAAGCUUUUGCUUCGCCAGUGCCAACGUUUGCCUGCUGCCGGACUCCCUGGCGAGACUGAAUAACGUGUUCAACACGCAGGUGCGGGCGAAGGAAAUCGGCCGGCGCAUCCGCAAUGGCGCCAGCAGGCCCCAGAUCAAGAUCUACAUCGAUUCCCCCACCAACACGUCCAUCAGCGCGGCGAGCUUCAGCAGCCUGGCGUCCCCGCAGAGCGGAGACAGCAAUAACCGUGCUGUCAGUGUGGGCAUCAAGAGGACCACAUCCAUGGAGUACAAGGGGGACAACUCUGGUCCGAACAACGGGGAAGAUGGGAGGGAGGCCAGUGAGGGGGAAGACAGCAACACCUGCAUCGUGCGCAUAGGAGGAGAGGACAAUGGCCACAUUUCAGACCCGGACGCCGACGCCCCCGGUUGCCCCGUGAGCAACAACCGGGGGCUGGCAGACCGUUCCCCAGAGUCAGAAGCAGACAGCCUGAAAGGACAGACCCCCAACCACAAGCAAAAGGAAGGGGAUUCCGGCAGCCUGGACAGCUACGGUGCCUCGCGAGAGUCCCUGGUGAAGGCGCGCACCGGAGAUGGCCCGGCCGACCAGGGCGCCAUCAGCAGCAAGCUCCUCUACAAGGCCUCGCUCAUGAAGAAGACCUCGGUGAGAAAAAAGAGGAACACCGACGAGCCCUUUGACCAUGAGAUCUCGGCUUUCUUCCCCGCCAACCUGGACUUCCUGUGCUUGCAGGAAGUGUUCGACAAAAGGGCAGCGGAGAAGUUGAAAGACCAGCUCCAUCAUUACUUUGAGUAUAUUCUGUACGACGUUGGGGUUUACAGCUGCCACCACUGCUGCACCUUCAAGUUUGUGAACAGCGGCCUGCUUUUCGCCAGUCGCUAUCCAGUUAUGGAUGCUGCUUAUCACUGUUAUCCCAACGGAAAAGGAACAGAUGCUCUGUCCUCCAAGGGGGCGCUCUUUCUCAAGGUGCAAGUGGGGAGUACACCUCAGGACCAAAGAAUUGUGGGAUACAUUUCCUGCACUCACUUACAAGCUCUGGCAGGAGACACUACUAUUCGAUGCGAACAACUGGAUCUGCUUCAGGAUUGGCUGGCUGAUUUCAGAAAAUCUACCUCCUCCUCCAGCACAGCCAAUCCAGAGGAGCUGGUAGCUUUUGACAUACUCUGCGGCGAUCUCAACUUCGACAAUUGCUCCUCAGAUGACAAGCUGGAACAGCAGCACUCCUUGUUCACCCGCUACAAGGACCCGUGCCGCCUUGGCCCAGGGGAGGACAAACCGUGGGCAAUUGGAACUUUGCUAGACCCAGAAGGAUUAUACGAUGAAGAAGUAUGCACUCCAGAUAACCUACAGAAGACGAUGGAGAGCGAGGAAGGGCGGAAGGCGUACCUUGUGUUUCCCGCCAGCAAGACCCACGCCUCCAGCCAGAAGGGGAGGAAAGGCGUGCUGAAGGGCAACGGGAGGCGGAUUGACUACAUGCUUUCCACAGAAGAAGGACUCUGCCUGGAGUGGAAAGUGGAAGUGGAAGAGUUCAGUUUUAUCACCCAGCUGGCGGGACUGACCGAUCACCUGCCUGUUGCCAUGCGCCUUAUGGUUUCAAUGGGAGAAGAGGAUCCUUAAAGGAGGAUGGUGGGGGGUUUUCCUUGGAAAUUUUGCAGAGGAAACUUCCAAAUGCGCGACC